UUACCUUCAGCGAACCGAUAGACUCAUACCUAUUUCUCUGCCGUUCCUUCUCGUUCUAUUUAAGUUAAAGCGCCGCCAUGCCCGCCGCCGCCGCCGCCGCCCCCCUCGGGACGCUCAUGUACCAAGUGGACGAGACUCUCAGAACCUUCGGCUUCGACAUCAAGAGCCUCGUCAAGUCCCUCGACCUCCAGACCUUCGGGCUCGUGACGCUCCUCGUGGUCGGGGCGGUGUUCCUCUUCGACUUCCUGAGCUACGGCUACGCCUCCUACACCGGGGACGCCUCCGGGCACACGUCCUACGGCAGGAGCCUGGUCACGACGGCGGCCAAGGUGUGGGACCAGCGCGAUCAGCUGGGCCUCAACCCCUACGUCCGCGGCGGCCGUGGACUGGAUUCCACCACACAGAUCCUGGACGAUAUCGCUGACGCCAUCUUGAAGUAUGAAGGACUGGACCACAAUGCCGUAGGACAGUCUAGGCAGAGCAAAGUACUCCAGAACUAAUAGUGUAAAAACAAUAUUUUAGUUUACCCUUCUACCCGCACAGCAGAAAACGGGAAAUACCUUUCCCUUGCAGCGACUGGAGAUGUUUAUUUGUAGAUCUUUUAUAAAUUAUUCUUUGCAGGCCGAAGAUAAUAUCGUUAUAGCUGCGUUGAAUAAAACUUACCUGUGA